CCGGAUACGUUCCCACCGGCUUCGAGCAGGCGCAGACAACUCCGGGAGUUCGUCAGCGAGGCGUGUCAAACAUCCGCACGCACCAAAACGUGGGCUGUUUUUUUGUUUGUUUGUUUUGAAAUCAUUGUCACUCCCCGGCGGGAAUCAAUGAAGGAAAGACGUCCGUCUCAGAAACUCUCCGUGAAAUCCGCCAUGGAUCCUAGUCCGAGUGUGAAGUGUAAGAUUGUGGUGGUGGGAGACAGCCAGUGCGGGAAGACCGCGCUGCUUCACGUGUUCGCCAAGGACUGUUUCCCAGAGAGUUAUGUCCCCACUGUGUUUGAGAACUACACGGCCAGUUUUGAAAUCGACACGCAGAGGAUUGAACUCAGCCUGUGGGACACCUCAGGUUCUCCAUACUACGACAAUGUGAGGCCUCUCUCGUAUCCAGACUCAGACGCGGUGCUCCUGUGCUUUGACAUCAGUCGCCCCGAAACCCUCGACAGCGUUCUGAAGAAGUGGAAGGGGGAGAUCCUGGAGUUUUGUCCCAACACUAAGAUGCUGUUGGUUGGCUGUAAGUCAGACCUACGCACUGACCUGAACACACUAGUCGAGCUCUCGAACCACCGGCAGACCCCCGUGUCUUAUGACCAGGGCUCCAGCAUGGCCAAGCAGAUCUCUGCGCCCUACAUCGAGUGCUCGGCUCAGCAAUCAGAGAACAGUGUGCGGGACAUUUUCCACGUGGCCACCCUGGCCUGCGUCAACAAAAAUGGCAAAAAUGUCAAGCGCAGCAAGACCGCCCGCGCCACUAAGAGGAUUUCACACAUGCCUGGCAGACCCGACCUAGCAGCUGUAGCCUCAGACCUCCGCAAGGACAAGGCCAGAAGUUGCUCUGUCAUGUGACUGAUCAAACUGAGGGGAAAUAGACUGACGGGAUGGGGGACUGAGCAUGGAGCAAGCAGGAAGCUACGGGGAACGCCUCUUUCCUGUGGGAGAAAGACCAGUUUUGUGCCUGGAAAGGAGCAUUAUAAGAUUCAAUUCAUGUACAAGUUCCCGGAACACGCUGCACCAAUGACAAGUCAAAGUCGCGUCCCGCUCUGCACGGCCCCCUCCCGGGCUGUCGAGGAAGUUAUCGGUCAGCGCGCUACCUGCUCGGGAAGUGGGUUACUUCCUGCUUCCUGCAGGAGAACAAAGCGGAUGCAGGCCACGCCCACAGGAGCUAAAUUAGAAAAGUGAUGUCAUUGGAACGCUCAGAAGAACGUGUGACAUCGUGAUGAUGGCUACUGUUGGGUGGGGUCGCCACUAAAAAUGGCAAAGAAUUGCUGAUGUGGUUGGCGCUGGGCUUCAGAGCAACACAUUGUCAAUUCGCGGCAGCGCGGCACAAUGAAGAUGCUGUUCGUCCCGUCUGCGAUAUGUUGUCUAAUGUGAAGUCAUUGGUGUAGAACAGCAUCACUUUCCCAUGAUGGGGUUGUUCUGGAAAUUGCAUGUCUCCACUAGGGUUGGGUGGUCGAAGAAAUGUUUGGUAAAAUGAAGAGUCGAUUAGUGAUCAAUUUCAAAUUUUGAUUUAUUUCAUAUUCGUUUUAAAUGGCCAAGGGAAAAAUGCUAAAGGAGGCAUGUUUUCCAAAUGGUCUGAAAUUAGAAAUCAUAUAAUGUUCCAACAAUUUUUAUUACUCAACUCAACAUGACCCCAGGGGGGUCAAACUAAUUCUUGCCGCGGGCCACAUCAUAGUUAUGAAGUUGUCCAUUAUGACUGUGAAACCCAUAUCAAUGUAUGAUUGCCUUAUGUUAUCACACAGGCACAACACAUUGAUUGAUAACUAGUUUUGAAAUCAGAAAAUUUAACAAAGUAGAGCCACUCACUGAGACUAUGAAGUAAAUUUUCUCACUUUUACGCCCCUCAGCCUCAGGAUUUUUUGAGAGCAACUUAGUGGCAACUGCAAUCUCCCAAUAUGCCAAAGAUAAGGGGAUGCUCCAGCCUACAGGGUCCAUUCAUCUUUCCAUCCCCCAUACACCAGUCUUUUCUGUCAGCAGAUAUUUACCACACCAUUCGUUAUGUGUUAGUCCUACACCAAACUUGGCCAUCUUGCUGUUGACUUUUUUUUUUUUUUUUUUUUUUUUUAAGGUUUUGUUGGCAGCCUAUUUGACAGCUGACUAGUUGGAUUUCGAAGCUGCCAAAUUGGGAAAUCCAUAAGUUAAGUCUCAAUUGCCUCAAGAACAAAAACAAAUAUAUUAAAUUACAGCCCUGUGUCAAGGUCUAGCAAAAUAUGCAAUGAUUCUUUUAAAACAGAGGGUGGUAUAUAUAUUCAUGGUGUGUGUGGACUGUGGUCAGUCAUCGCCAAGCCAACCUUGUAAAAGACAAAUACCAUUUAGCCUACAAGUCCCAAUCAAGAAGGUGUUUUUGUUGUUGUUGUUUUUUACUAUACUAACAAUUAACAUUGGCAAUGUCGUUUGCGGUCAGUAGCAAUGCAUUAAGUGGCUCUUUGACGACAGUUGACCAAAGAGGCAUCUUUUAUGGAAGGCUAUGUCUCUUGGUUGCUAGCUUAGCCAAUUGAUUUCAGUUUUCCAUGUGCUACUAGCCACUGGUGUAUAUUAAGAUGAUCUUACUAUAAAGUCAUCAAGGGUUGACUUCCCACCUCCAGAAGAGAGCAGCUAGUGCUAAUGUUGCCUUAAUGUACAGCGCUGUUAGCAUCUUAGUUUGGUUAUUAGUCAAGGUAACAAAACUAAGAUUUGUUCUUGCGUCUUAGUUUUUAUUUGCGCCCAAAGACACCCUGCUGUACAUGUUUUAAUCUGCGUCAUCAGGGUCGACGUUAAAACAUGUCAACGGGUUGACGCCCAGUUUUGAAGCCAUGCAAUUUAACUGUUUGGGAAA